AUGAUUGAUACACGAACAUUUCAUAAAAAUUCAACUGAUAAAUUUCCGAAUAAACAAUCAACAGCGGUAUUUAGAAAUUAUUUAUGGGAUAAUGAGGAUUUACCAUCCACAUCAUGGUUUCAAUAUUUAAUGAAAAUGUUAUGUUCAAUUAAAUAUGCUCCUGAUUGUCAACAACGAUUCAUUGAACAAUUUCGUCGAAUUUAUCAAAACAAUGAAUAUAAUCAACGACUUCUUACUGAAUUUGAAGAACAAUAUAAUUAUUCAAAUGCAAUUCGAUGGUAUACAAGAGAUUGUUUUCUUUAUCAUUGUUUAAAUAAAGCUUUACGAGAACAAGAUAUUGAUACUAUUUUAUUACUUCAUUUCUUUAUUUAUGAUUUAUUUCAUCAAAUUGGUUCAAUUUGUAAAGUAAAAAAACAAAAUAUUCCAAAAACUGCUUAUCGUGGACAAAUAAUAACAAAAGAUGAAAUUAAUUAUUUAAAUUUUAGUGAAACUAAACGUUAUAUAUAUAUUAAUGCAUUUUUUUCAACAACAAUUGAUCGUGAUACUGCAUUAAUCUUUGCUGGUGCUGAUAAUUAUUCAAUUGAAAAUAGUGAACAGUCAGUUGUUUUUCAAAUUAAUUUAGAUAAAAAAGAUGAUAAUGAUGAAUAUUUUGGAUUGUAUGCUGAUGUCAAAGAAGUUAGUUAUAAUAAGGAUGAAAAUGAAAUUUUAUUUACAAUGGGUAAUGCAUUUGUAAUUAACAAAGUUAAAUAUGAUCAAGAAAGAAAAACUUGGUUUAUUGAUCUUACUUUUGAUCACUACGGUCCUGAACAAUCAGAUUGGUGUGAUCCAGAAGGAGAGGGCAAAAAUGAAGAUACAAGACAAUGUCAAAUAAAUCUGACGAAUAUGAUUGAAAGUACAUUUAUUCAAAUAGGAUAUUUACUACAAUCAACAAUAAAAACCUCAGCAGAUUAUAGAAAAAUAUCAAAUUAUUAUUUUCUAUUAAGACAGUUCAUACCAUAUGCUUUUAGUAUUGGAGGUUAUUAUGUAGGUCUUGGUUUACUGGCACUUGAACAAAAACGUUAUCAAUUGUCUUUCAAAUAUCAAAAGAAAGCUUUAAAAUUUUAUUCUCAAAAAAAUAUAAUUAAAUCUACUGAAGUUGGAUCUGAUCAUUAUUCAUGUUGUAUUUUACUUAUUAUUUUUAAUUGUAUUGGAUCAAUUUAUUAUUUACAAAACAAUAUUAACGAAACAAUUAAUUAUUAUACAAAUAUGUUAAAAAGUAAAAUCAAUUUUUCUUGUUUUUAUCCUUGGACAAUUAGUGAAAUUCUUGAUCGAUUACUUUACUCUGCUCGUAUUUGGAAAGAACAUGGUCAAUUCAAUCUAGUUAUUCAAAUAUCUGACUCAAUAGAACGAAUAAAAGAAUCUAAUCUAUCAUUUGGUUCUUAUUUUGGUACAUGGCUAGAUAAAAAUUCUACAGGUAAUAUACAAAUUGGCGCUUAUAGUUUCUUAGAUCAGGUUCUAAGCAUAGAAUAUGAUGCUGAUAAAUCAGUUCAAAUUAAUAGACAACUUGCAUCUCGUUCUAUGGAACAGAAUAAAAAUUUUGUCAAUUAUGUAAUUUCGAAUAAGAAAGUUGAAUACAGUGAUAUCUUAUACGCACGAUUAGGAAUAUUAUAUAGUCAAUUAAAACGAAUGGAUUUAGCAUUACAUUACUUUAUAGCAGCAAUUGAUAGUUGCCCGAAAGCAACUGAAGGUGAACUGUUUGAUGUGUACACUGACUAUUCUUAUAUGAAAUGUUUAUCUCGUUGUUAUCAAGAAAAUAAUCAAUUUACUCAAUCUUUUCAUUGGCUUGCAAAUGCUCAUGAAGUUCAUCUUCAAAAUACAGAAGAUGAAAAAGAUCGAAUUCGAUUGACAAAGGAAUUUUGUCUUGAUGUAGUCGCUAUUCGUAAACAACAAAAAAAAUUUCCUUUAGCUUUAUAUUCUUGUCUACGAGCACAAAAAAUGGAUGAAAAAUGUUCAAAAAUUUAUGAAGAAUUAGCAGAUAUAUAUGAACAAAUGAAAGAUUAUACAAAUGCGAAAAAAUGUUAUCAAAAGGCAAUUGAAUUAACACAACGUCAUAACGAAUUUGGGGUAGAUGUAUGGUAUGAAUCAGCAAAUAUGAUUAAUAAUUAUCGUAAAAAAAUUCAAAACAUUAAUGAUAAAGAACAAAUAAUAGUAACAUGUUAA